AUGCCGAAGACGCCGAACUUGAGCAAACUAAGAGAAAGAGACCCAUCAAAGAAACAAGUCCACAGUGAAGGAGUGGGAAGGAAGAGACUUAUCCAUGAUGUCAGCACUGAAAAGCAAAAUUUGCCCAAGAGGCAAAAAUAUGAUGUGUCAACCAGGUCAGAUGUGGAUUGUGAAACACCAGUGUCAUCACAUACAAAAAACCUUGAAGAUGUCACUCCCCCAAGACCAGUUUCAACAAAAACUAAAUCUAAGCUCCAGAAUUUUUCAGCAACCAAAGACUGGGAUACUCACACCAAGCAACCGAAACAGCGUGAAAGUAAUGCCUUGACUGGGGUUGCUGAAGAUACCCAUCCUGCCCAAGAUGACGGAUAUAUCAAAUCUGAUGGUGAAGGGACAAAUGCUUUAUCUUUUGAAAAUUCACUAAACCUUGUUAGCAGUGAUGGUGAAGGCUCCCAGCAAAGUGACAAAUUAACUUUGCAGAAUACUUUUAAAUCAGGCGUAAAAGGAGGACAUGGCGACAGGUCUAAAGAUGGUGCCACAGUUAACCAGCGGUCCAAGUCCCAGUACACACCUCUGGAGCUGCAGUUCAUGGAAAUCAAGAGCAAACACCCACACACUGUGCUUUUUGUGGAAUGUGGAUAUAAAUACAGGUUCUUUGGAGAUGAUGCAGAGAUUGCAGCAAAAGAAUUGAACAUUUACUGCCAUAUGGACCAUAACUUCAUGACAGCCAGCAUACCAACCCACCGUCUGUUUGUUCAUGUGAGGAGACUGGUGGCAGCUGGCUACAAGGUGGGAGUGGUAAAGCAGACAGAGACAGCAGCCCUGAAAGCUGCAGGAGAGAACAAGAGUGCACCGUUUACCAGGGAACUUUCUGCUCUUUAUACAAAGUCUACUCUCAUUGGUGAAGAUGUAGAUCCACUUUGUUCUGCUGGCACAUCAGGUGAUAUUAGCCCUAACUGUUACCUGCUGUGCCUGUGUGAAGCUCAGAUGAAGGAAGAAGGCAGUGGCAAUAUUACAUUAGGCUGUGUGGCUGUGCAGCCAUCUACAGGGGAUAUCAUAUAUGACAGUUUCACAGACAACAGUUCUAGAACAGAGCUCGAGACCAGACUUGGCGUCAUUCAGCCUGUGGAGAUCCUCCUUCCUUUGGCAUGUAGUCAGGAAACGAAGAAACUCAUUAGCCAUUAUACCAGUUCAUGUGUUAAUGACAGUGACAGAUGUAGAGUGGAACAUCAGAAAAAUGAUAAGUUUGAAUACAGCAGAGCUCUUCAGUGUGUAGCAGAGUUUUACACUUCCAAUGGAAAUAAAGGUAACCACCCUUCAGAAUGUACUGCACAGUUUGGAGAGCACUAUUUGGCAUACAGGACUGCUGUUGGCAACUUGGCUACUUUGGACUGUCUCUUUUCUUUAGCUACAGUGGCAAAGUUAGCUGGCUAUGUACGGCCAACUUUUGUAAAAGACCAGGCAGUGAUUCAGAUAGAAGAAGGACGCCACCCUGUGGUUGACUUACUACUUGAUGGGCAGGACCAGUAUGUCCCCAAUGGCACUAAGUUAGAUGGCAGUGGCGAGCGCUGCAUGAUCAUCACAGGGCCUAACAUGGGUGGUAAAAGUUCCUACAUCAGGCAGGUGGCGCUGAUCUCCAUCAUGGCCCAGAUCGGUUCCUAUGUUCCCGCCAAAGCUGCGACUGUGGGCAUCCUGGAUGCCGUGUAUACAAGAAUGGGUGCUUCUGAUGCCAUAUACCAGCACUGCAGUACAUUUAUGCUAGAACUUCAAGAGGCCUCAGAGAUCAUGUCUCAUGCCACAGAGCAGUCCCUAGUCAUACUGGAUGAACUGGGCCGUGGCACCAGCACACAUGAUGGAGUAGCCAUUGCUUAUGCUACACUCAGGUACUUUGUGGAAGAAGUGAAAUGUUUGACAUUGUUUGUCACCCACUAUCCUCUCCUGUCCACACUGGAGACCCUGCUGCCUGGCUGUGUGGCCAACUACCACAUGUCAUUUCUGCUCGGCAAUGACACUACUUCAGGUGAAAAGAAAGAAGAGAAAGACAACAGUGAUACAGUCACAUUUCUGUAUCACUUAGUGCCAGGCAUGGCAGCAAAAAGCUAUGGUUUAAAUGUUGCCAGAUUAGCAAAUGUACCAGACAAUGUCAUCCAAGUAGCCACAAGAAAAUCUCAUGAACUUGAGAGGAUAUUAGAGGAGAAAAGGAUACAAAAGGAAUUAUUUAUGAAGCUCAUUCAUGGAAAAGAAAAGAACUUCCCAGAAAUAUUCAAAGAGCUUGGGAGCAAAGACUGAAAUAAUUUUCUUCAAGUGCAAUCUUCACUCUGGAAAAGUGCAAAUAUGCUUACAUUUAAUAACAAAAACCAGUUAUCCACAUUUUAUAAUGAGUAAAACGACUACAGCAGUGGAUGCUAAAAUCAUAUCUUAAUCUGGCAACUAUUGUUAUGAUAUGGCCUGGCCAUACCUCAUUGAGCUAUACAAAAACUUCAACACUGUAUAUCAGAAGGUAUAAAAUUAUGCAUUCAUGCGUAAUGAUAAGUGAAGUGACUGCUUAACAAGCAGCUGAUAAGCAAUUUAUUUGUGUGACAAACACCAUCAAAGCAUUAAAGAGACUUUUUCAUCUGAUGCAAGCUUUUUUGUUUGAUCAUACUUUUGAUACCAUUCUUUCUAUGAAUAUGUUAAAGCAUGAGAGGACAAUGAAGUUGUCUACA